CGAGAGGAGCACAACGGACGUAUUUUCGCUUCGCUCAGCGGGUCUCUCAGCAUGAAGGAGGUGAAGAGCGAGCGGGAGCGGGGGAGCCGGCGACGGCACCGGGACGGGGACAUGGUGGCGGCGGCGGCGGCCGUGGUGGUGAAGCAAGAGCGACUCAGCCCGGAAGCAGCGCCCCCCGCCCACCGCCGUCCGGACUCCGCCGGCGGGAGCCCGUCCCCGCCGGCCGGCGAGCCAGGCCGCCCGGGUCACCGCGGGAACCGAGCCCGAGGAGGUAGCCGGUCCCCAGCCAAAAAGAAAAACAAGUCCUCAGGGAGAAGAAGCAAGUCUCCUAGGAGUAAGAGAAGCCGAAGUCCUCACCACUCAACAGUCAAAGUGAAGCAGGAACGUGAGGAUCAUCCCCGGAGAGGCCGGGAGGAUCGGCAGCACCGGGAACCUUCAGGACAGGAACACAGGCGAGCCAGGAACAGUGACCGAGACAGACACAGGGGCCAUUCCCACCAGAGGAGAACCUCAAACGAGAGGCCCGGGAGUGGGCAGGCUCAGGGACGGGAUCGGGACAUUCAGAACCUGCAGGCUCAGGAAGCAGAGCGGGAGUUUUAUAAUGCCCGGCGGCGGGAGCAUCGCCAGAAGAAUGAAGCUAGCGCGGGUGGUAAUGAGUCUCAGGAGUUGGUUCCUCGACCUGGUGGCAACAACAAAGACAAAGAGGUGCCUGUUAAAGAAAAGCCAAGCUUUGAACUUUCGGGGGCACUUCUCGAGGACACCAACACAUUCCGGGGUGUAGUCAUUAAAUACAGCGAGCCCCCAGAAGCACGUAUCCCAAAAAAACGGUGGCGUCUCUACCCAUUUAAAAAUGAUGAGGUGCUUCCAGUCAUGUACAUCCAUCGACAAAGCGCUUACCUCCUGGGCCGGCACCGCCGCAUCGCAGACAUUCCCAUCGACCAUCCCUCCUGUUCCAAGCAGCACGCGGUCUUUCAGUAUCGGCUCGUGGAAUACACUCGUGCUGAUGGGACAGUUGGCCGCAGAGUGAAGCCCUACAUCAUUGACCUUGGCUCAGGCAAUGGAACGUUUUUGAACAACAAGCGCAUUGAGCCACAGAGAUACUAUGAACUGAAGGAAAAGGAUGUACUUAAAUUUGGGUUCAGCAGCAGAGAGUAUGUUCUGCUUCAUGAGUCCUCUGACACCUCUGAAGUAGACAGGAAAGAAGAUGAGGAUGACGAGGAGGAGGAGGAAGUAUCUGACAGCUAGCAAACUAAGAAACAACCCAAACUCUUGAGAGACCUUUUCUUUCUUCAAAGGCUUUGGGAUUGACUGAAAGAGCACCGUGGUGCUCUCUGUAAUGCCUCUUAUUGCCUUAAGUCUUUCCUCUGUUGCUGACCAGCUUAUGUUACAGUGUAAGAAAACUGACUUCUGUUUGGUUGGCCUUUUUUCUGUGGCACAUCAACCACAUGCCUAUGGGCAUUUAUUUUCAGAACAGUCUCACCAACACAUCGUGUUUUAGUAGAAGCGUUGUGGCUUUAGUUGGUGCUUUCAGAACUGCUGCCUAGGAAACUAUAAUCCCUUGGUUAAAGGUGAACUGUGGUUUGUUCUCUUUGUACAGUUUAUUUAUAUAGUCGUUAGGCUUUGCAGACUGGGUUUGUUUUUGUUUUUGUGGCAAACCCCUGAACAGAGAAUCUUCCUAAGCUUUGGUUAUCACCAAAACAGCCUCCAGUAUAUACCAAAGCUUUGCCCUGGUUGAGCUCUUGAGUCACAGAGGUUGAUUUUGCACUUCGUUUUUGGGGGGUGGGAAUUUACUACAUGACCUCAUUGUUGCCUGUUGGACUUAAACAGAUGCUUUAUGGAGCCUGCUUAAGCAUAUGACUGUACAGGAAGAUCAUGGCUACUGCCAGUGGGUGCUGAUUUAAUGUCACGAGAGGCUGAAAUGGGUCAUGGAUCUGUUUCCUAUGAGAGAAUUCUGAUUUCUCCAUGGCGCAUGUACAUAACAAUUUUGAUCAUCUUAUCUGUUCUUCAACUUUACAUUUUUAUUCAAAUAUCAUCUCCUUUCUUCUUUUUUUAAGAAACACACUAUCAUUUAUGUGGCAGGGUCCUUGCUUUAUUCUAACAAUAUGUGUAUAUGUCUAAAGGAGAUUGUGUAGUUUACAUGUUUCAUCUUUUUAAAGAACGUUAAGAGAGGUUGUAUUUCCCUUCCCAAGGCUAGAAAGCAUGGGAAUUGCCCAGUUUCCUAAUUUUCCACCAGAGGAAUAUUUGUAAGUAGAAAAGUCAUAACUACUUACAUAUAUUAUGUGUGUGUGUGUGUAUACAUAUAUAAAAUUGUGUGUGAAGAGCUGCAUACUGAUUUUCGUAUGAGAAUGUUUUGUGGUUGUAAAUGUAAUUCUACGUUAUAGGCAAAGGCCUCCUUGCAUUUGAAGAGCAGGUUUUCAUUUAUAUGUAUUUUUGAGAUAAAAAAUAAUAAAAUUUGUAAAUAUA